AUGUGUGGCAUUUUUGCGUACAUUAACUUUCGCUUCCGUCGCACCACUCGCGAUAUCCUUAACGUGCUACUCGACGGCCUGAAGCGGGUGGAGUACCGCGGCUACGACAGCGCCGGUCUCUGCGUUGACCACCGUGACUCGCACCAGCCCCCCGCGCUCCUGCGCAGCGUCGGCAAUAUCGCAAGUCUGCGUGAGCUCGUCUUUAGCGCGGAAAAUGCUGCUGCAGUGGAUCCGGAUGCGGCCGUCGACACACACAUCGGCAUCGCACACACACGCUGGGCGACGCACGGUGCCCCUUCGGUGGCGAACUGUCAUCCGCAGCUGUGCAAUGACAAGGCGUUCGUGGUGGUGCACAAUGGCAUCAUGACGAACUUCAUGCCAGUCAAACAGAUGCUGUGUGAGAAGGGUUACCACUUUAACAGUGACACGGAUACGGAGGUGAUUGCUGUGCUUAUUGAGUAUGUGUUUAAGCAGGAACCAACCUUGUCCUUUGUACAACUCGCGACGAAAGUUACUGCGAUGGUGGAGGGCGCGUAUGCGCUUUUAAUCAAGUCAACACAUUUCCCUGGCGAACUCAUUGCCUGUAGAAAGAGCUCCCCGCUGAUGGUCGGCAUCCGCCGUGAAGGAGGAGGAGAAGGAGGCAGCAGCAAGAGUGGCACAAAAGCGCUAGGACCAUGUGAGAUUUAUUUCGCCUCCGACGUGAAUUCUUUCAUUGACCACACGCGAGAGGUGAUAUUCUUGGAUGAUGACGAUAUUGCACACUUUCACGACGGUGCCCUUGACUUCUAUACCACCGCUGGCUCUAGUGAUGCUGCUUCUGCGGCAGUUCCCAUCACUCGUGUAGCACAGACGAUUGACCACUCACUGGAGGCCCUCAGCAAGGGCAGCUACGAGCACUUCAUGUUGAAAGAGAUACACGAGCAGCCCGACAGUGUCACGCGAUCGAUGCGUGGACGCAUUGACUUCCAAACGGGCCUUGUGCAUCUUGAUGGUUUGGAUGCAAGCACCGUGGCGGCCAUGCGGGGAUCACGCCGAAUUGUGUUGAUUUCAUGCGGCACGUCAUUCCACAGUUGUCUUGCCACGCGACCCAUCUUCGAGGAGCUGUUGCCAGGCAUCUCCAUCAUGGUGGAGAACGCGCCGGAUCUUAUGGAUCGAUGCCCACACGUUUUCCGCGAAGACUUGUGCGUGUUUGUCUCACAGUCAGGUGAAACCGCCGACACGCUGAUGGCGUUGCAGCACUGCAAGGCUGGCGGCGCGAAGCUUGUUGGGUUGACAAACGUUUCAGGCUCGAGCGUGUUGCGUCAGACAGACCACGCGAUACUUCUUAACGCCGGUGUGGAGGUCGGCGUCGCAUCGACCAAGGCGUACACGUCGCAAAUGGUUGUUCUCACGCUGUUUGCUUUGCUCUUGAGCCAGGAAAGUGGACAUGGCAACGACGUGAAGACGGUGUUGACAGAGGAGGGCAAACGUCUGCAGAAGCGGCGGGCAGAGAUCAUCAGCGGCCUUUCUGCAUUGCCGGGCGCCAUUGCGCGCUGCCUGAAGGACGUACACGACGCUGUGGUCGCACUUGCUGAUGAAUGGCAGAACGAACAGACAAUCCUCGUGCUUGGACGCGGCUACGAUUACGCCACAGCGCUGGAAUCAGCACUGAAGGUGAAGGAGGUGAGCUACGUGUACACGGAGGGCAUUCACUCGGGUGAGUUAAAACAUGGCCCGCUCGCGCUGGUGGACGCACAGUCCAAGGUGGUUGCCUUCUGCGCCCAUGACCGAUACUUUGAGCGCAGCAAGAACGCCGUCCAACAGGUGAAGGCACGCGGUGGCCGUGUGGUGGCUAUUGUUACGCAGAAGGACGCGGAGAUUCUGAGCGCAACAACCCUCUGCGUGGAGGUGCCCACAGUUGUGGAUUGUUUGCAGGGAAUCAUCAAUGUGGUGCCGCUGCAGCUUCUCUCGUACUAUCUUGCUGUGCGACGGGGACACAAUGUCGACUGCCCGCGGAACCUCGCAAAGAGCGUUACGGUGCAGUGA